AUGGCUGGCGGAGGCUUCACCACAAGCGGAGGUGGCGAUGGUUUUGAGGCAAAGAUAACUCCAAUCGUCAUCAUUUCAUGCAUAAUGGCUGCUACCGGCGGUCUUAUGUUUGGAUACGACGUUGGCGUUUCUGGUGGUGUGACAUCGAUGCCAGCAUUCUUGAAGAAGUUUUUUCCGGAGGUGUACAGAAAGAUAGUGGAAGAGAAAGAAGUGGAGAGCAACUACUGCAAAUACGACAACGAAAAGCUGCAGCUGUUCACGUCGUCUCUGUACAUAGCUGGUUUAACGGCGACGUUCUUAGCGUCGUAUACGACUCGGAAGCUGGGGAGAAGAGUGACCAUGUUGAUAGCAGGCUUCAUCUUCAUGAGUGGAGUUGCUUUUAAUGCUGCUGCUCACAACCUUCUCAUGCUCUUCAUUGGCCGGAUCUUACUUGGUUCUGGAGUUGGGUUUGCUAAUCAGGCGGUGCCAGUUUUUCUUUCAGAGAUCGCACCUCCAAGAAUACGUGGAGCAUUGAACAUUCUGUUCCAGCUGAAUGUCACCCUCGGCAUUCUCUUCGCCAACCUUGUCAACUAUGGAACCAACAAAAUCAAAGGUGGGUGGGGUUGGAGGCUAUCUCUGGGUUUGGGUGGAUUACCAGCAUUGCUCCUAACCUUGGGGGCUUUCUUGGUGGUGGACACCCCAAACAGUCUCAUUGAGCGUGGUCACUUGGAAGAAGGCAAAGCUGUGUUGAGAAAGAUUCGUGGCAUUAACAACGUUGAGCCUGAGUUCUUGGAGCUUGUUGAGGCAAGUCGUGUGGCCAAAGAGGUGAAACACCCUUUUAGGAAUAUCCUCAAGCGCAGGAACCGACCUCAACUUGUCAUUUCCAUUGCCCUCCAGAUUUUUCAGCAAUUCACUGGAAUCAAUGCCAUCAUGUUUUAUGCUCCAGUGCUGUUCAACACAUUGGGAUUCAAGAAUGAUGCUUCCUUGUACUCUGCUGUGAUUACUGGUGCUGUUAAUGUCCUCUCCACUAUUGUCUCAAUCUAUUCAGCAGACAAAGUUGGGCGUCGAGUGCUCUUAUUGGAAGCUGGUGUUCAAAUGUUCUUGUCUCAAUUUGUGAUUGCAAUUGUAAUAGGAGUGAAGGUGAAGGACCAUUCUGAGGACCUCUCAAAAGGUUUUGCUGUGCUAGUGGUUGUGAUGGUGUGCAUUUUUGUGUCUGCAUUUGCAUGGUCAUGGGGGCCUCUUAGUUGGUUGAUUCCCAGUGAGAUAUUCCCAUUGGAAACUCGCUCAGCAGGGCAAAGUGUCACUGUUUGUGUCAACUUGCUCUUCACAUUUGUCAUUGCUCAGGCCUUCCUCUCAAUGCUGUGCCUGUGUAAGUUUGGCAUCUUCUUGUUAUUCUCUGGAUGCGUCUUGAUCAUGUCCACCUUUGUGCUUUUCCUGGUCCCUGAGACAAAGAAUGUCCCUAUUGAAGAGAUGACAGAGCGAGUGUGGAAGCAGCAUUGGUUGUGGAAGAGGUUUAUUGAAGAUGAUUGUAUUGAAGAGAAGUAGCCACUGUCAAUUGCCCAAUCAGGGAUGAGAAUGUCAACAGGAUUUGAUCCUGCUUCUCAGUUGUAAAUUAGUGUCAAAUGAGUGUUUUGGACUCAAUGGCGUACAUGGUUAGAUUUGAUUAUUAAACCUAACCAAGUUAUCAUUCCCCCUAUGUUAGUGGCUUAUGGGAAAUUA